ACCUUCACCUUGGGUCUUGGUGCGCAAGUCACCUUACCAGAAUUUACUCAAUAAUGUUUUCGCUAACACUGAGGCAGAUCUCUAGAAAUUCGUUUGUCGGAGCGAAUGUUUCUGCAUUCAAUGUCAGUAAAUACUCAACGGUACCUGAGGCCACCCUAGAUAUACAGAAGUGCACACUUCACAAACUAGAGCAUGGUCCCCCGACCCAGGCGACCGUUACCCGGGAGGAUGCAAUCCGAUUUUACCGGGACAUGAGGACAGUACGCCGGAUGGAGACGAUGGCCGGCAAUCUGUACAAAGCCAAACAAAUCCGAGGCUUCUGUCAUUUAUACUCUGGACAGGAAGCAUGUUGUGUUGGCAUGGAGGCCGCCAUUACCCGAGACGAUGCCGUCAUUACUGCAUAUCGCGCCCACGGCUGGACGUACGUCCGGGGCAUCAGCGUUCUCGGGGUCCUAGCGGAACUGACAGGCCGAGCAUCCGGUUGUGCUAAAGGGAAAGGGGGCUCUAUGCACAUGUACACCAAGAACUUCUAUGGAGGCAAUGGAAUUGUGGGGGCCCAGGUGCCCCUUGGAGCAGGCAUUGCGUUUGGGCUGAAAUACGAGAACAAGCCCAACAUCUGUGUGACCCUGUACGGUGACGGGGCUGCUAACCAGGGUCAGCUGUUCGAGGCCUACAACAUGGCUAAGCUGUGGAACCUGCCCUGUGUGUUUGUCUGUGAGAACAACGGCUACGGAAUGGGAACCAGCGUAGAGAGGGCAUCGGCCAGCACCGACUAUUACAGCCGCGGGGACUACAUACCAGGAAUGAGGAUUGAUGGUAUGGAUGUUCUGGCUGUCAGGGAAGCCACAAAAUUUGCCAGAGAGUACGCCCUGAACAAUGGACCCAUCCUUAUUGAGGCAGCUACCUACCGUUACCAUGGACACAGUAUGAGUGACCCAGGAACAAGCUAUCGAGCCCGGGAAGAGAUCAAGGAGAUGAGAGAGACCAGGGACCCAAUCACUGUCUUCAGGCGCAAGAUUUUGGAGUGCAAUCUGGUGACUCCCGAAGAGUUGAAGAAAGUAGAUAUAGAAGUUGACAAAGAGAUAGACAAGGCAGCUGACCAGGCCAAGAAAGACCCAGAAAUCCCCCUGGGGGAGCUGUACAACAAUAUCUACAUCCACCCUGACCCAGACUAUACCGUCCGGGGCUGUGACCCCAGCAUCAGGGUCAUUUCCCACUGAGGUCAGGGGGUCAGCGAGAGGUCACAUGGUCAAAGGGAAGAAAGAUCUAUAUAUAACCUAAUCAUCUGGUGUUGUGAUAGAGUUGACAGUGUCGGAAAAACAGAUUGUUGUUAUCUUUGUUUUGUUUUUGAAUCCAUAUUGGAAUGAUAAUACUCCAUUAUAGGAAGAGAUCUUUUAAUAUCAAUUAUAGAGGUUUUAUGAUGUCAAUAGUGAAUUUAAGAAUUAACAUAUCUCCACAUGACUAGCUCUAAACAGCAACUAUUACUGUGAAUAUUAACCGGUAGUGAAAAAUUUUGAAGCAUUUUAGUACAGUGAUAUUGUUCCAUUUGCUAGGAUUUUGUAGUCACUCAGUAACAGUUUUAAUUUAUACAAACAGUAACAUGAAUCAAUUAUUUGUGUAUGCUAUGUACAUGUACAUGUACUUUGCAUUGAUUUUAAUUAUUUGAAGUUAUUUCAUUCCUUCUGUCAUUAUAUUAUAAAGUAUUUAAAGGAAAUUAAAAUAUAAAAAAUCAAA